GCCGUAACCUUGGUUACAGCAAACAACAACAUCACCAACAGCAACAGCAGCAACAACAACAACAACAACAAGGCUUCAACUACAUGCCCAUACAACAUGUUCAGGCCCCCCUGGCCACACCCGAACAUGUGGAGAUCGGGGACUAUGCGCAAGUCAGGGAUGCAGUUCAGCCCCAAGAGAAUGACUAUGCCUUGGUCCAAGAUGCUCUACCUGCUGGGAAACUUCAUCGCAUUAAGUCAACUUUUAGAAAACAACAAGAUGUUAACAAAGGUGGAACUGACUCAGAUUCAGAAUUCAGUUCUUUGGAACGAAAACCCAGUGGUGACCUCUAUAACAGAGUGCAUCGUAAACCAACACCACAUAAGAAAAAACAUAAGCAACGUUCAUAUGAUAGUGGUAUAUCUAGUACAAUAAGCGGUACCUAUGGAGAACCGCCUAUGUUACCGCCUUACACCAUAGAGCGCCAUCUAUCUCCACAUAACCAAACUACCAGGAGUAAAUUUUGCAGUAACUCGCCAUCAGAGGGUUCUGAAGGCACUGGGGAUGAGUUAGCCACGGGUACAAAACCUCAGAAAAAACGCAGAUCUCUCAAAAUGAAGAAAAAGAAAUCCUUGGAAAAUGAAGGAUCAUUGACAGUGUCCAUGUCUGAUAGCGACUAUCUUAUAUCUCCUAUGAGCAAAUCGUUUCAAGGUUCUAUAGAGGAUGACCCAUAUGAGCCUGUCAUGACUGGGGCGCCUGGUGCUCCAGCUAGGUAUCCCUUCUCUGAUGAGGAAGUUUGUGACCUGGGAGAGGGGGACCCUGGAUAUUGGAAGCGCAAGUGGAAACUUCGGUCGGAUAAAGAUCCCGAUAAAUUGCGCAGGAAAGAAGAAAAAAGAAUAAAAAAAGUGGAGGAAAGACGUCAAAAGGAAGAGGAGAGGAAACUAAAGGAACAACAGAAGACAGAAAAGCGCAAGAUGAAGAAGAAGGACAGUAAAUCAGGAGCGCCCCAAAGUGGAAGGAUGCUAGAAGACUACAUACAGAGCGAGGAAAACCUUAUACCAUUAUUCUUGGAGAAAUGUAUCCAUUACAUUGAAAGUGAAGGAAUUACAAUGGAAGGUCUUUACAGAGUGCCUGGCAACCGGGCCCAAGUUGAGCUCCUAUUUGACAAGUUUAAAGAAGAUCCUAAUAUAGACUUUGCGUCCCUGGACAUUCCUGUAAAUGCUUUUGCCACUGCAUUGAAGACAUUCUUUAGUGACCUUCAUGAACCACUCGUUCCAAGUGCCUUCUAUGACGAGCUUAUUGAGGCUGCAGGUAUCCCUGAUAAGAGUGGACGUCUCUUAGCUCUGCGUGGUGUCCUGAAGAAACUCCCUGAUGUCAACAGAGAGGUUCUCCGCUAUGUCAUUACACACAUUCAUAAGGUGACAGAGUUUAGUGAUCAAAAUAAUAUGGACAUCAAAAAUCUCGCCAUUUGCUUCUGGCCGACACUAUUACGGCCAGAAAUACCGUCAUUUGAAAAAAUGGCCUUAAUCUCAAAACACUUGGAGGACAUUGUAGUAACACUCAUAGAACAACAUGGAUUCUUCUUUUACAAUGACGUAGAGGUGUGAUAUUGCCUUAUAUGGGUAAAAUAUCCAGAUACGGAGAUCUGAAAAUAAUUUAUAGCGCGAAUGGGAUGAUAUCCAUGUUAGGAUAUUGUGUAAAUUAUGUGAUUUAGCCAAUUCAAACAUCCAAAUAUGGCCAUAAUAACCAAAUAUGGAGAUGAUGUGUUACCCGAGAGCUGAGCUAUCUGGUACAUUGAUUGGACAUAUCAAAGUUCAACUUUGUGGAUUGUGAUCUACUGUAGCUUGAAAAUAUGUGAUGCUACUAUUAAGCAUAUGUGAUAUCACAAUUGAAAAUGUGUGACAUCACAGUUUAAGAUAUGAAUUGAAUUGAAUUGAAUACUACUUCUCAUCAUAAGGUGCAAUGUAACAAAGGAGAAGAACAACAACAGUUACAAACUUUUACAAUUUAUCCAUGUUUUUGUAUUAUUAUUCAUAAAUGUUUUAGAAACAUUUCUAUGGUAGCCCUUUAUAGGUGUAUAUGUUUGUGAGUUGAGUAUAUAUCUGAAAAUUAGUGCACGUCAUUAGGAAUUGAUGAACGAGAUAUAAAAUGAUCAACUUGAAAAUAGUUUCUCGAUUCUCACAUAACCAGUUUCUUGAUUCUUGUGCAAUUAUUUAUGAUAUCUUAAAAUUGCCACAUGGAAUAUAUUGACAUAUUCCAGAAUUUGAUUAAAUGUACAUGAACUGUAAUACAUCUAUUUAUAUUCAAAAUACAUGUAGGUGUAAGUCAACAUGGUGCUGUUACAUGUAAUACAUGUACAAGUAAUGUAUUAAUACAUGUACAUGCAUAAGUAAAUCUAAAGUACAGGUACAAAUAAGUGUGUCAAUACAUGUACAAGUAAGUGUAUGAAUACUUGUACAAGUAAAUGUAUUAAUACAUCUACAAGUAAAUGUAUUAAUACAUGUACAAGUAAACUCAUUGAACAUGUACAAGUAUAGUGAUACAUGUACAAGUAAAUGUAUUAAACAUGUACAAGUAAUUGUAUUUAUACAUGUACAAAUAAAUGUAUUAUUAAUACAUGUACAAGUCAAUGUAUUGUACUUAUUGAGUGAAUGUAUCAAUACAUGUACAAGUUUAUGUAUUGAACAUGUCAUGUUUUUAUUAUCCCACCGAACAUAGUUCAUGAGGGAUAAAGAAAUGCCUUCCAUCCAUCUGUUCGUUCGUCUGUCUGUCUCGGCAAUAACUCAAAUACCAGUUUACAGGUUUGGUUCAAAUUUUACAGACUGGUGCCUUAUUGGCAUCGGGCCUAUGCUCAAGAAGAAAUUUUCAAUUGGCCUAUGGGAGAUCAAUUUUUAGAUGGCCACCAUUUUUGCAAAAAUAUAAUAUUUGAUUAUUUUAAAACCAGUUGAUGGAUUUAGAUAAUUUUUUAUAUCCAAAUUAAUGCCCUAGUGACAUGGGAGCCCUGCACAAGGAAAAACUUCAAGAUGACCACUGAAUUUAAAAUGGCCAUCAUUUUUGUUAAGAUGUCAUAUUUGAUAAUUUAAAUACUAGUUGACGGAUUAAAUGAUUCAAAUUCUUCUGAUUAAAAUAGAAAUUUUCAAGAUGGCCGCUGAAUUUAAGUGAUUUGAUUGUUCGGUGGGAUUUGCUACUACUGGGGAGUUGCUGUUUAAAAA